AUGGCACGCGGCAAGCACUACUAUGGUUGCCACGUCACCCCUACAGUUGCGACAUUGUAGGCUUCCCCCUUUUAACUUGUUCCUCAUUCUCUACUUUCAUCGCUCAAAUUCCCUCUUUAUAGAAUCGUUGCCGGGAAAAUUGAAUUUUACCCUUAAUUCUCACUCUCCGAUCAUCUUCACUAUUCAGCUUUUGCGCCGGCCAUGAAUCCAGAAUACGACUACCUAUUUAAGCUUUUGCUGAUUGGAGAUUCCGGUGUUGGGAAAUCAUGUCUUCUUCUGAGGUUUGCUGAUGACUCGUAUCUUGAGAGUUACAUUAGUACCAUUGGUGUAGACUUCAAAAUCCGCACGGUGGAGCAGGAUGGGAAAACGAUUAAGCUGCAAAUAUGGGAUACUGCUGGACAGGAACGCUUUAGGACAAUUACUAGCAGUUACUACCGCGGUGCUCAUGGCAUCAUUGUAGUUUAUGAUGUGACUGAUCAAGAGAGUUUCAACAAUGUGAAGCAAUGGUUGAAUGAAAUUGAUCGAUAUGCAAGUGACAAUGUUAAUAAGCUUCUUGUUGGAAACAAGUGUGAUCUCACUUCCCAGAAAGUUGUCUCCACUGAGACAGCCCAGGCAUUUGCUGAUGAAAUCGGGAUACCUUUCAUGGAAACAAGUGCUAAGAAUGCUACUAAUGUGGAGCAAGCUUUCAUGGCUAUGUCUGCUUCCAUCAAGAACAGGUACACAUUUUCAUAUCGCACGGAUUGUAUGCAUGGAAACUUUAAGAUGAUCUAUCUAACAUAUCUUUAUCCUACAUUUGCAAUAGACUUUUUGUAUAGAGUUAACAUCCACACUUACGCACACUAGGUGACUCGAACCCCCAACCUAUUGGUUGGAGGAGAAGCGUUUUACCAAUUGUGUUGGUGUUCUUUGUCAACAUGUCGUUAUCCAACUGAUCAUGAAUUCUUAGAAGUACUUCUUUAUCGUACGUGAUAAUCUACUGAAACCCGUCUGGUAUCUACUGCAGGAUGGCGAGUCAACCAGCAAUGAAUAAUGUCCGACCUCCAAGCGUGCAGAUUAGGGGACAACCCGUUAACCAAAAAUCGGGCUGCUGCUCCACCUGAAAUCAUAAGCCGUGCAUUUGGAUGACAUCGAUUUGUCAGUCAGGGCAUGUAAAAUUGGAGCUUCAUUUAGCUAGGGGUUUAAGAAGACUUCAUAAUCAUGGCAUGUUUUAUCUGUGGCGGACAAAUAUCCAAUUCUUUUUAAAUGUAUUUCACUCGAAAAGGAACGUUGUACAAAGUAACAUUAUUGGUCGGAACUAGUGUUACCGCUCUGCGUUCUUGUCGGAA